AUAGAAUAACGCGUCGAGGGUGCUGGAGAACGAAACUAUACAUACUCACGAUGGGGUCCCCUGAGUGCAAGCCGUUCUACCUCGUCUUCCCAGGAAUUGAUUGACCUUCAUACAAUGUAUCGAUCUGCACUUCGCCGUUGCACUCAUCCCCGUCACCUGGCGACGCCCCUCAAGCCAUGUAAUGCGAGAGCUUCACGAAGCUACGCCUCUGCCGGCUCAGCAGCGUUCGAAUGGGAAGACCCACUGAACAGCAAAGCAUUGCUCACUGAAGAGGAGCUGGCUAUAUCCGAGACGGCCGAGAAGUAUUGCCAGGAACGAAUGCUUCCUCGUGUACUUCAGGCGUAUCGCGACGAGAAGUACGAUGCCACGAUCCUCUCGGAAAUGGGCGAGCUCGGUCUCCUCGGAGCGAACCUCGAGGGCUAUGGCUGUGCAGGUGUCAGCACCGUAGCCUCCGGCCUCAUCACACGAGCCGUCGAGCGUGUCGAUAGCGGCUACCGGUCGGGCAUGUCAGUCCAGUCUUCGCUCGUCAUGGGCGGGAUACACGAAUUUGGCACGGCCGAGCAGAAAGAGAAGUUCCUCCCAGGCAUGGCCCAAGGCAAACUGCUCGGCGCCUUUGGUUUGACCGAGCCAAACCACGGAAGCGACCCAGGCUCCAUGGAAACCACGGCACGUCCACACCCGACCAAGAAGGGCUACCUGCUCCUCAGCGGCGCCAAGACAUGGAUCACCAACAGCCCAAUCGCAGAUGUCCUCAUGGUUUGGGCCAAGUUGCAAGAGACGGGAAAGAUCAGAGGCUUUCUCGUCGAGCGCAAGGCAUGUCCCCCGGGCACCCUCGAAACACCACCCAUUAAGAACAAGAAUGGUCUUCGCGCCAGUAUUACAGGCAUGAUCCACCUCGACGACUGUCCGAUCCCUGAGGCCAACAUGUUCCCUGACGUCCAGGGUCUCACCGGGCCCUUCACCUGUCUCAACAGCGCCCGUUAUGGUAUUGCAUUUGGCACCAUGGGCGCCUUGGAAGAUUGCAUUCAACGUACUAGGACUUAUGCUCUGGAGAGGCGGCAGUUCAAGAACAAUCCCAUCGCCAAAUAUCAGCUUGUUCAGAAGAAGUUGGCCGAUGCAAUUACAGAUGCCGCCUACGGUACCCUGGCAGCCAUUCAAGUCGGAAGACUCAAGGAUGAGGGCAAGGCUACGCCAGAGAUGAUCUCAUUGAUUAAGAGGCAGAACUGCGAUAGGGCUUUGGUUAAUGCAAGAAUACUUCAGGAAGUCUUCGGUGGCAACGCUGUCAGCGAUGAGUAUGGCAUCGGAAGGCAUGUAGCCAACCUAUUUGUGACCCAAACAUAUGAAGGCCAGAGUGAUAUUCACAGCUUGAUACUGGGCCGAGCCAUCACUGGGCUGCAAGCGUUUGUGUAAUCAACAAUAUAAUAUACCGCUUCUCCUUCUGCUAAACAUUUACUACACUACCAAGCAAGCCUUUAGUCCUGGCGCGCCUUCGCAAGCUGUGGGAGCCGGGUUGUCUGAGAUUGGGUGACUUCUUCAACAACUCCUCCGCGAUGACCUUGAGGAAGUCCUCGAAUAUGUGUCCAAUGUGUCUCUGCUUGUUCCAGAAGGGUUCCCUC